AUGCGAGUCUUUUUAACAAAUGCUUUUGGGCUGCUCAGCAAAUUUGGUGACUUUCAGCAUGCCCUGAACGCACAUAAACCUGAUGUUGCGAUAGUAACAGAGACUAAGUUCACUCCAGAUAAGUGUACCGCCUCAGAGUCUACCAUUCCAGGUUACGGAGAGCCCCUGCGGAUGGACUGCACUGCUCAGGGUGGACGCGUUGCCAUAUGGUGGAAGUCUACUCUCGCAGUUGCACAGAUUGACCUCCAUGCCACUCCUGUGGACUCUAAGAACGCAGUUCUAUGGUGCACUAUCCAGUCCCAGUCCGGCAGCGAUAUCACCUUGGGAGCUGUGUAUCGUUCUAGCUCGAGUGGCGACUCUGACGUCUCCCUACUGGAGCACCUAGACCACUGCCUGGAUGCUGUUCCACCCUCCGCCCAAGUCAUCCUGGCUGGCGACCUCAAUGUCCACAGCACUGAGUGGCUUGGCAGCACCAAGACUACCACUGCUGGGCAACGCCUGGAAGAAAUAUGUGCGACGCACGGACUGAUCCAACAUGUUGAUCAGCCAACAAGAGGAAAGAACACUCUUGACCUCAUCCUGUCAAACUUGCCACACCCCGUCACAGUACAGGCAUUUUCACCCCUGGGCAAGUCAGACCACUGUGUGAUUCUUGCUGAGUUCAGCCCAGUCACGCUCCAUACUGAGCCCGUGUCUCAACGCCGCGUCUGGCGCUACAACCAGGCUGACUGGGGCCGCAUGCGUCAUUUUAUUCGUCAGACAGACUGGCAGCACAUUCUUAGCCACCACCCAGAACACGCAUGCGUACAACUUACUUCCCGCAUCCAGGAGGGCAUGGAUCGCUUCAUCCCAUCGAAGCAUCUGUCAGUCAGAACGUGUGACCCUGUCUUGUGGACUCCUGAAUGUAGUACAGCUGUGUCUGCAAGAAACCGUGCUUGGCGACACACCCGUGCACACCCAACUGAUCUGCAAUUGUCUGAUACCUACACUGCAACCAGCCUGAGAGUUGCCACUGUGCUCCAUGCAGCGCAGCAGGCUCAUGUAUCUUCAUUGCGGAACAAGCUGUCGAAUGGAAACCUACGUGACAAAGCAUGGUAG